CUUGGAUACUUUAAAAUUGGGAUAGGAUUGCAGAAAAUCCCUGAUUCCGAGCAAAGUUCCACAAAUUAAAACCCUAAUCUUAUUGAAUCCAAACCCUGAACCUCCCAAAACCAGACUCUCUCAGUCGUAGUUUUUGGGAUUGAUUUCAACUGGUUAGUGAAUUUGUUGAGAUGAGAAUGCUAGACGAAGAUACAGUCUCUUUCUUAAGGAUGAAUUAUAGAAUUCAUUCCGUGAUAUCUUCUAUAUUUUUUGCAUAAAUUCUCAGAGUUGGUUGAUUGAUUGUUGGGAAUAAGUUUUUCAAUGCUAUGCUUCUUGCUAGAAUAGCUCCAAUAUAUUAUACUUCCGAUUUAAUUGUUUUUUUCCGCUUCUUCAGAGUUAAAUUGAACCAAGAUCAACAAGAAGAGAAGGAAAUAAAUAAAUAAUGUUUGAAGGAUUGGUGAGGCAGUUGAUAUUGGGAUACCUUGGCCAAUAUAUUAAAGACAUCCAAAAAGAGCAGCUCAAAAUCACCCUUUGGAAUGAGGAAGUAUUAUUAGAAAAUGUGGAGCUGAUUCUUGAAGCUUUUGACUACCUUCGGCUGCCAUUUGCGUUCAAACAAGGUCGGGUUGGCAAGUUAAGCAUAAAAAUUCCAUGGAAAAAACUUGGCUGGGACCCCAUUAUAAUCAUUUUAGAGGAAGUAUAUAUUUGCGUAUCUCAGAGGGAUGACACAGAGUGGUGCAUGGAUGCUGUUGAAAGAAGAGAAUAUGCAAGCAAAAAGGCCCAACUAGCGGCAGCAGAACUUGCAAAAUUAUCGAGACGCGUGUGUGACAAUCAGACUGGAAAAUCGUUCAUUUCAUACAUCACUGCUAAGAUUCUUGACAGCAUCCAAGUAUCCAUCAGAAAUGUCCAUGUCCUCUAUCGUGACACACUGAGUGCUAAGGUACGAUUUCAUCCAUAUAAACAAUUUCUCUUUCCAGUUCAUUUACCAUGCUUGUUCUGUUGUUAUUUCAACUUUUCAUAUAUGUACAUUUUUGUUAUGUUCAGAUCUUCAAGUGCAAAACUCAGAGGGGGUCAAGUCAACAAAUUGAUUGAAGUUCAGAACUUAGAACUUUACUAUGAUACUUUUGAGAAAACUGAUGAUUCGAAUACAGAGAAUGUGGUGGGUUACAAGAACAUGGGAAGGGAAUUGCUAAAAGAAGACAAUUAUUCCUCUUUGUUAGCUCCACUGAAUGUAUCAGUGUCUCUGUCGGUAAACAGAUCAGGUAAACUAUUAAAUGAUGCUCCACAAUAUAAUAUGGAUGUUGAGUUGGCUCGUGUGACCACCUUAAUGGACGAGGUUCAGCUGCAACAGAUACUGUCUCUUUGUGACUAUAUGUCUUUAAGUCGAUUGAGAGAGAAAUAUGGACGUUAUCGUCCUUGGUGGAGCCCUAUAGGGAAAAGGAUGAAGGGAUGGCAGAAAUUAUGGUGGCACUACGCUCAGAAGUCUGUUCUUUCUGAUGUUCGAAGGAGUUUGAGAAAGACAUCCUGGAAGUACUUAGGAGAGAGGCUGAACUCUCGCAGGAAGUAUGUCAACUUGUAUAAGGCCAAAUUGAAAUGUCUCAGACACGAUCAGGUGGUGGAAGAAGAUGUUCAGCACAUUUUGGAGGAAAUGGAGAAAGAAACUGAUAUAGAUGACAUUUUGAAUUACAGAUCUGUUGCUGAAUGUGAACUAGAGGUAAUGCUGCUGAUUAAUAGGUCCUUAAGUUCUUAUCACAUUUCUUACCCAGUUAGCUUCUGACAGUAGGAUCUUGGUUGUCAGUUUCCUAACUGUAAGUUGAUGGGGGUUGUAGCUUAUUUAGCCGGCUCUCUAUCUC